CUUGAUAUUUUAAUUUUUUGUCGGCAUACACGUUUCGUGUCUCAAGACUUAAAAAUGCGUUACGUGGCUGCUUACUUAUUGGCCGUUUUGGGCGGAAAAGCCUCUCCCAAUGCUGCAGAUCUUGAAAAAAUUUUAGGGUCUGUAGGUGUUGAAGCUGAAGGAGAAAAAGUAAAGAAAGUCAUCAGCGAGCUCAGUGGCAAGUCUGUUGAAGAACUCAUUGCUCAAGGCCGUGAAAAACUGAGCUCCAUGCCAGUUGGUGGUGGUGCCACAACUGCUGCCGGAGGUGCCCCUGCUGCUGCUCCAGCUGCAGAAGAAAAGAAAGAGGCCAAGAAGGAAGAAAAGAAGGUUGAAUCUGAAUCCGAAGACGAUGACAUGGGCUUUGCUCUAUUCGACUAGAGUCCUUAGUUGUAAGAUCAACCUUGUUUUGUACCUAAUAUAUAUUUUUUAAGUUAUGAUUUGUUUUAUUUAUAUUACUUCAGUUUCCUUUCAUAUAUAAUUAUAAAAUUAUUUCCAAAU